AUGGGAACUCCGCCGUUGCCGGCGCCAAGUCCGGAUGAGAAACGAGGACGGUUGGAGACCGUGGCAAGUUUCCGUAAAACUCCGUCACUUGCCACUCCUGGCAUUGACGCCAUCCAAAAUUAUACCGGUUCGGUCGUCGCCCGGGUUACCAAGGGCCGCGCAGGCUGUGGGCGGACUGAGGCAGACUGCGAAAAGUCGGCGAUCAGAACCUGCUCAUUGCCCUCUGCCAGAGGGGGCGUGGCAGCACAACGACGGCUGACGAAGACCGACGCAACGACGACGAAGAUAAAACUCAGCAACGGAGUCAUUGUUGAGAAAUCGUGGGAGUACGCCCAGCCGGUGUACAUGUGUUUUGUGGACCGAGAGAAAGCGUAUGACCGUAUCCCACGCCAUAGUCUGUGGACCUGCCUUCGUGCAUACGGGAUUGAUGACAAGUUGCUAGGGGCCAUCCAAUCGCUGUAUUCUGAUAGCAGGUGCUGUGUCAGCGUUAAUGGCGUUAAGUCGAAACCAUUCAACGUUCGCACUGGUCACCGCCAAGGCUGCGUCCUGUCCCCUAUUCUGUUUGUGUUGUACAUGAGUAGAAUAGCCAGGCACUGCCAAGGUGAUGAGGGUAUCGCAUCUUCUGAAACUGAUCUCCAGUGCUCCUUAGAAAGGCUCGCAGCCGAGUGCGUCGUGACCGGCAUGCGUGUGAACGCAUAUAAAAUGAAUGGCCUAGUACUUUCUCGUUUUCCUGCCCGUUGCUGUAUUCAGAUUAACGGAGAGGCAGUGGAGCAGGUGGAGAAGUUCAAGUACCUCGGAUCUGUGUUUACUAGUGAUGGAAAGCUGGAGGAAGAGAUCGACCUUCGAAUUAGAGUAGGCAGUGGCGUUUUGCGUGAAUUAGCCCGAACCACUGUGACUAAAGCAGAGCUCAGUCUGGAAACUGAGCUCUCAAUAUUCAAGUCGAUCUUUAUCGCCAUUCUUACCUAG